AUGGCUGAAGCAGUGCUCUUCACCCUCACCAAGGACAUACUGAAACUCGCUGCUUCCAACAUCUUUUUGAAUAUCCAACUUGUACGAGAUGUGAGCGAUGAGCUCCACAGUCUCAAGUACACCGUCAAGACCAUCCAAACUAUGCUUUUGGAUGCCGAGAAGAAACAAUGGGACAGCAAGCAGGUCAAGCUCUGGCUCGUGAGGCUGAAGGACGUGUUGUACGACACACAGGACUUGCUGGACGAUGUCGCAACCGAAGACCUGAGGCGGAAGGUCACUCCUGGCAACAAGAUGUGGAAUGCGGUACGCGUUUUCUUCUCUCAAUCGAAUCAGCUUGCACAGCGCCACAAAGUGGCUAAAAAGAUUCAGGAACUUCAGAAGACAUUGGAUCAAAUUGCAAAGGAUCAGAGGUUCCAUUUAGAGCCGCGUCCGAGUGAGGAAACAAUGGCCAUCGGGAGAGGAAAGAAAACUAAAAUUUUCGCACCCGACAGUGAAAUAAUUGGUAGGGAAGAGGACAAGAAAAAGAUCAAACGACUUUUGUUUGAUUCCUCCUCUAGCCAGAGUGUGUCAUUUGUUGCCAUAGUUGGUAAAGGAGGUCUUGGAAAAACCGCACUCGCACGACUAGUGUACAACGAUGGGGAGGUAAAAGAACAUUUUGAGCAUAAGAUGUGGGUGUAUGUAUCUGAUGUCUUUGAUGAGAAUUUGAUUAUCAAACAAAUUCUUGAAUCGGCGAAAUGUCAAAAUCUUGAGAAUAAGUCUAUAGACCAGUUGCAAAGUCUUCUUCGUGAGACUUUAAGUAGGAAGAAAUACUUGCUUGUUUUGGAUGACUUGUGGAAUACAGAUCGGGAAAAAUGGGUGAUGCUUGAAUAUUGGCUAGAGGGUGGUUUGCAGGGAAGCAAGAUACUUAUAACCACUCGUAAUCACGGAGUUGCAAAGAUCACGAAUGUGAAGUCAGAUAUCCAUGUUCUCUGUGGCUUAUCUGAUGAUAAGUCGUGGGACUUAUUUAGGAAAAUGGCUUUUAGAGAUGGGGUAGAAACGUCAGACCCAAAACUGGAGGAGAUGGGUCGAGAUAUAAUUAAAAAAUGCACCGGGGUUCCCCUUGCCAUUAGAAGUAUAGGAGGCCUUUUGUACGGCAAAAACGAAAAUGAAUGGCUCCGUUAUAAGAUGCAUGAACUUCCAGAAAUACCAGAAAUUGAUGUGGAUGGAAGAAUUAUGCAAGUCCUCAAGUUAAGUUACGAUCAUCUCCCAUCAUGCUUGAAAAAUUGUUUUGCAUAUUGCUCAUUGUUUCCGAAAAAUUAUGUUUAUGAGAAAGAUACAAUGAUCCAUCUUUGGAUGGCACAAGGCUUUAUUGAGUCAUGCGACGAGAAAAACCUUGAAAAGGACGCUGAAAAUUACUUGUUGGAACUACUAUGCGGGUCAUUCUUCGAUGCUGAAGAACCAUUGACAUAUGUCCAUCGUGAUAAGGUUGAAAAAUUCAAGAUGCAUGAUCUCAUGCAUGAUCUUGCCCAAAAAGUUGCUGGAGGUGAAUGCAAGAUUGUUAAUUUAGGAGGAGAUAAUGAUAGAGAGCUUCGACAUGCGUCAUUUAUUUCAAGAACUUUCUCUGAAGAGAGAGUGCCGUCCCUACUCAGAACAUCCAAAGUGCGGACAUUUCUCUCUUUAAGUGGUAAAUUCUCUGGUGGCAACGAUUUCUCUAGUUGUAGACAAUGUCGAGCAUUGUAUUUGGACGAUAUAUAUGUUCCUUUCCCUCCUUCCUCCUUAGGAAAGUUGAAGAAGUUAAGAUUUCUUCGUAUUUAUAAUAAUGACUUCAUCGAAAGUUUGCCAGAUUCAAUCACUGAUUUGGUGAACUUGCAAACCCUUCAACUCGGAGUGUUGCCAACUUCAAACAUUUCCCGGAGAUUUGAGGAAAUUGGUCAAACUUAG